AUGACUGUAUUUAAUAAUUCUGCAAGGAAAAACUGCAAUGCUCCACCCAGGAUUGAGAAUGGAGACAUUAUUAGUUUAUCUGAGAAAUGGUAUAGAUCAGCCUCUUCAGUAGAAUUCAGAUGCCAAAUUUAUUAUACCAUGGAAGGCCAGAACAGAUCUUUUUGUGACAAUGGGACUUGGACAAAAGUGCCUGUUUGCCUCGAUCCCUGUAUGAUUCCCAGGGCUGAACUGGAAAGCCAGAAGAUAGACAUUAAAGAUGGAAUGAAUGCAUCCGAAAAUAUAUUUGUGCAAUGUGGUCAUUCUAUUGAGUUAACCUGUAGAAUAGGAUAUGCUCUUGAAGCAGAUUCUUCCCAAUCAGCUUCUAAAAUCCAUUGUGAUGGGACACCAUCUGUGAUUCCUAAAUGCAAAGAAAUUACAUGCAACCCUCCAAGGAUAUUGAAUGGUUCUUUCCGAGCUCAAAGAACUAUAUAUCAUGAUGGGAAUCUAAUUCAAAUUUACUGUGACAGUGGAUUUAUUCUUGAAUCAGAUAAUGAGGAAAAGGUGGUUGAAUGCACAAUAAAUGGAUGGUCACCUUCACCAAAAUGUGUCCAAAUUCAGUGUCCCACUCCCUAAGUGAGGAAUGGCCACAUUGAACCUAGGCAAUCUCAAUACAUGUACAACAAUGAAAUUGAGAUAACCUGUUGUAAACAGGCUAUAUUUGUAGUGAUCCAAAGAAAGUACAUUUUGAAAUGUACCGCUAAUGGCUGGGAUCCCUCCCCUGACUGUCAUAAAAUUCAGGGUUUCCCUCCAGAAGUGAGGAAUGGCUGCAUUCAACCUAGCCAAUCUCUAUACAGGUAUAAUAAUGAAAUUGAAAUAACCUGUUAUAGAGUGCCUUUCUUUAUACAAGACCCCAAAAAUGGUUCUAAAUGUACUGCUAAUGGUUGGGAUCCCGCUCCUUCCUGUUAA